AUGGACUAUCGUUCUAAAUUCUAUUACUCAUUUGAUAAGCCUAAAUCAGUUGAAAAAUCAUUAAUUAACAACAUCACUAUUGAUACACUAUCAGUUAAAGAAAAUUUGAAUAUAAAUGACACAAAGAAAAAAUGGUUUUUCAACCUCACCUCUACCGACAUCCCUGAAGUAGUUUGUGAUUUGCUUUCGCUGGGAGAGAAAUUUAGUUUACCUCCACAACGUUUAAAGAAGCAGAUGUCUUUUGAAAUUAUUAAAGAUGUCGAGAACAAUCUCAGAAAUCUCGAUCAUGAAACAAAAUCUCGAUUAAGAUUGCUCACUGCUUCUUCAUUGGAUCGUUUUAUUAAUAAAGAUCCUCAUUUAAAUAAUUUAGAAAAAGUUCUAAUUAAGAAAGCAAAUCACGUUAAUGAAUUUAUCAAAAACCAUCCAUCUAUAAUUUUUACUAAAGCAGAUAAAGGAAAUGUCACCGUUGCGUUAGAUAAAAAUGUUUAUAUAGAAAAAAUAGAACUCAUGCUUAACGAUACAGACACGUACACCAGAGUUGUUAAGAAGAACCCGGCGAAGAACAUCGAAAACAAGCUUAAUGAAUGUUUGAAAGCAUGGCGUACCGCGAACUACAUUGAUGCUAAAGAAUAUUACUCUCUACUAAGUAACGAUAAGCCUUUGCCUAGAGCCUACGGUCUUCCAAAGAUUCAUAAGCCGAACAUUCCAUUNAGAAUAAUUGUUUCAUGUAUUAAUACCACUCUUUAUAAAUUUGCUUCCUUUUUGCACGAUAUCUUACACAGAAGUUUACCAAAACCACGCAGUUUUGUUAACAACAGUUUUGAACUAGUCGAGAGUUUGUCGGGCUCACCUAUUGAUGAAAAUAAUGUACUUUUAUCGCUUGAUGUCGUCUCAUUGUUCACCAAUGUACCGUUGGAUUUGGCCUUGAGUGGAGUGAGAAAGAGAUGGGAUUUCAUUAAGGACCAUACAAAAAUACCCCUUGAUUCUUUUAUUCGAGCAUUAGAGUUUGUUCUGUCUUCAACCUACUUUACAUUUAACGGGACCAUUUUUCAACAAACCUUUGGUACUCCUAUGGGAUCCCCUCUUUCUCCAAUCAUGGCUGAUAUUGUUUUACAGAAUCUUGAAGAUUGUUGUUUGGAAAGAUUGGAUAUAACUCUGCCUAUUUAUUACAGAUAUGUAGACGAUAUUCUCUUGUCGGCUCCAAAGGAGA